AUGAACACGUGCAGCCUGGGCGUCGGUGCGUUGCGGUGCAGCGUCCAGGCGGCUGCCCGUCCCCUCGCCCUCUCGCGACCGACACCGACACUGUGCGCCAGGCCGAUCCCAGCUUCCCGCCUUUCGAGUCGCUGCUGUUCGUCCUGGCCAUCACCACAGCGACAGCUCCCACAACAGCGGCGAGCAGGAUGGGGCCGAAAAGCAGCACCACCGUCGCCCCUGUUAAGCCACUUCCGACCCACUUGUCUUCCGCAGUGGCCCGGCAUACGCACAUUCAUCGGCGGCCAGACAGUCAUCACAAAAUAUGUCGACCUCCCACCAACCUAUACAGACCGAGAAGGUUUACCGUUUGCCAAGCGUGACCUGUCUGCGGACGAGGUGGUUGCCAUAUUCGGGCCGCACAUCAGCACGACUGCCGCAAACCAACUCUUACGGAUCCUCCACGGGCGCCGCGUCGCCGGCACGCUUGACGACCCGGCCCUGCGGGUCAACACCAUGGUCUUUUCCGCCGAACACCAAAAGCGCGCCCUCGAAUAUCUCCGCAGCCGCGUCCCCGUGGACGAGAUCGCAAACGCGGGUCUCCGGGCCGAGGACGAACUGGCUGCGCUGGAGAACGGUGCCGCCGGGGAUGAGGGAGGACAAUCGGAACAGCCAGGCAGCGGGCCGGGGUACGGGACAAGACUGAAGCUCUACCGCGAGACGGACAGCAAGCCCGCGGCGAAGGACAGCAAGCCCGCGGCGAAGGAGAGCGUUUACGGACCGAGCGCGCUGGACGCCAUCCGGGCGCAGAAGAAGGCGCAAUGGGAGGCGGAGCUCGAGCGGCGGGAGGCAGAGCGGAAGAAGCGGGAAGAGGAAGAGCGCCACGGCGUGGCGGGGCCGCUGCAGGUUGCGGACAAGCCGCCGGUGCGGCAGCUGAGCCCCAAGAUGCAGGAGUACAUGCGCAAGGGACAGUCGGAUCUCAAGGAGCCGCCCAAGAUGAAGAAGUGGCAGCGCCUCCUGCCGUCGGCCGCCUUCGUCGUCGCCGUGUGCGGGCUCUGCCUGGCAUUCGCCGUUGUUUACCGGCCGCCGAAGCGGGCGGACCGGCUGUUCCCCGACAUCCCUCCGGCGGCUGCGACGGUGGGCGCGCUCAUGCUGGCCAACCUGAUAGGCUGGGCCCUCUGGAAGAUCCCGCCGAUCUGGGGUUUUCUCAACCGGCACUUUAUUAUCGUCGCGGCCACGCCCAGGGCACCGAUGAUGCUCAGCGCCGUCUUCUCGCACGUGUCGCUGCUCCAUCUGCUGCAGAACAUGGUGAUCCUCUGGUUCCUCGGCGUGCGCCUGCACGACGACAUUGGGAGGGGCCCCUUCUUAGCGACCUACUUCGCAUCUGGCGCGGUCGGCUCGCUUGGGAUGCUGACAUGGGCGGUGCUGAGGAACCGGCUCGACUUGUGUUCCCUGGGGGCGUCCGGGGCGGUGUACGGGGUGGGUGCGGCGUACUUCUGGCUGCACCGGUUUGAAUACUUCAAGAUCUUUGGCCUCCCGCCGCCGCCGAGCGAGGGCAUCCAGGGACUUGCGCUCCUGGCGCUGGCGGCCGGCCUGAACCUCAGCGGCUACUUCACGGCCGCGCGCUUCAAGGUGGACAUUACGUCUCAUCUGGUGGGCAUGGUCGCCGGCAUCGUUGCUGCGUAUCUGUUGGAGAGGACACGGCCGGCCAACCAGCAGCAGAGCGCUCGCGCCACACACCGAGACUCCCUAGCAAAGGCACCAUCGGCGGCGAAAGCGUAG